AGGAAGAGAAUCCUACCCCCAGCAAAGCCGUGGAGAGAAAAUUUGAGAGGUCAUUUGUUUAUGAUGGUGACAACAGAGAAAACCCUGUUAUCAUGUCGCAACAUUUUCGCACAUUUGAUGGCAGAGGGCAGGGUGAGGGAGAGGAGGCAUUUGAUGCACAAGUGGACACAGAAAGUUUCGACAUCUUCAACGAGAAACUUGUUGCAGAUGCGUACAUCGACGAGGACUUCUACAAGAUUCUGGAGUCAAAGGACAACAGUGAAGCAGAAUGGUGUUAUGCCGUGCUGAGGUUGGCAAGACACUACAGUGAGCCGCAUCCUGCUUUACGUAUCGUUGAUGGAUCGACGUCCCCCGAUGGAAAGCUAAUGCAGCUAGCAGUCUCAUCACUCAUGAGAACAUGUCAGACGGGGAAGGACUUUUCCUGUGGUGGGAAGUCAUGGUUUGUGCUGGUAAAUAAAGAGGCUGUUAUAUGUACAUACGAAGGAUGGGGCGAUAACCUGGUUUGUGUAGUUGCUGGAGCAGUUGCUCGUGCUGAUGGUCAUGAUGUCCACCCUGGUUUGCCAAAUGCUACAGCUAUCUUGUCUACUAUCUCCAGAAAUCUAGGGCCCGAUGCAGGGUAGUUGAUCAUUUUGUCCUUGACAAGGAUUACAAAGAUCAUGCAUAAUAAAUUAGUAGAAACUUU